AUGUAUUUCCAAAGCCGGCCCACAAUGUGGGAGUUUGAGGAGAAGACCAUGGGAGUAAAAGUGAAGACAGAUCUUUCGACGCAAAUAGAGGAAGCAGCUCGCCAGAAACGCAGGAAGGCAGCCUUCCCUGAGGCAUUGUACACUGCAGUGCUGCGAUCUGGCACGCCAGUCGAGACUUCCACGGUCAUAGCCAAUGCGAAGGACAGCGAGGCACAUGCACUUUUGCAAUCGUGUGCACAACUAAGUAGUAUCAACAAAUAA